AUGCACCCGAUCCACCGGCUGGUGGUGCCCCACUACAGGCAUACCCUCACCACCAACUCUCUGGGGAGGGGGCUGCUCAUCUCAUCAAAUGGCGUCUUUGAAACAGCUUUCAGCCCGGGCAAGUUCUCCCUAGAGAUAUCAUCCAAGCUGUACGCGGACUGGCGCUUCGACAAGCAGGCCCUACCAGAGAACCUCCGUAGCAGGAACCUGCUGGACAGCAAGGGGGAGCUGGUGGUUGGCAACUACCCCUACGGCGAGGACGGCCUCCUGCUGUGGGAGGCGACCAAGAAGUUCCACGAGAAGUACGUGAGCCUGUACUACACGAGUGACGCCGAUGUGGCGGGUGACGCAGAGCUUCAGGGCUGGUGGGAGGACAUCAGGCAGAAAGGCCACCCUGACAUCAAAGAGGGCUGGCCCAGCCUCCACACCAGGCAAGACCUGGUGUUCGUGCUGACCACGUUGGCCUGGAUCCCAAUGUUGCACUCGGCAGUCAACUUUGACCAGUACGACUACUCAGGAUACAUGCCCAACAGGCCGUCGCUUAUCGCCAAGCCCAUGCCGAUCCCGGGCAGCGGCGAUUACGAGAGGCUCAAGUCUUUGAAGGUGGAGAGUAAGGAGUUUGAGAAGCUGCUGCUGUCGUUCCUGUCAAACAAGGAGGUGACCCUGAUUGACAUGUUUGUGCUGCUGCUGCUGUCCACGCACUCCAACGAGGAGCUCUACAUUACCGACGAAUCAGACCUGUCCGGAUGGCUCACGGACGAGAAGGCAGUCGCGCUCCACAAGGAGUACGUGGCAGACGUCAAGUCGCGGGUCGAGACGGCCAUUGCCGAGCGCAACGCCGCGAGGGCCGCAAGGCCGGGCGGCCUGCCAUACACCGUACUCAUCCCCAGCCCGCCGCCCAACCAGAGGGGCGGGCUCACGAGCCAGGGGGUGGUCCCCUCCGUAUCCAUCUGA